AUGAUACCCCACCACCCCAAACCCGGCACCAGCACAACCCACAGCACCCAAGCAGUAACCUCCCCCCCACGCCCCUCCCGCGUCGUCCCAAAACCCAUCCCCCCUCAACAAACCCUCGACACCCGAACCUACCAAAUCAACCAGCUCAAACGCCGCUACCCCUCCCACAAGGAAACCUCGUUGCCAGGCGGCACCGGCACCUCCCUCAACUUCAACCUCGUCCCGUCAGACCCCGACUUCCCCUUCGACCUCCCCCAGCUGGAAUGCGACCUCCACAUUCCUUCUAAAUACCCCAAGUCACCCGCCAAAUUACACGUCAAAAACUCUGAUAUCCCCCGAGGCUUCGCGAUUAACAUCGAAAAGGGAUGGGACAAGCUGGUUGAGGAACGGAAGGGGGGAGGCGGGACGCUCUUGAGUCUGGUAAAUGGGCUUGACAAGAGAUUAGAGGGGUUGCUGAGCGAGGAGAAGGCCGAGACGGUGAAAUUGACGAUUUUUAAAGACACCAGACACCUGGAUCGGCAGCGAGUGGAGGAGGAGGAGGAGGAGGAGUCAAAAACUGAACCGGUUGUUGUGCCUCCUGUUAGGAGAGCUUAUAUCCCCUUGGAGACCUUCACACAAGCCCAGAUUGCAGAGGCGAAAGUCCGGCGCGCGCAGGAAGUUAGACAGCUCGAGGCAAGAAUGGGGCGGUUACAGCUUUAUCACCGGUCGAGUGAUGGGAUUAUUUACACGCUGCCUCUUGAUUCGAAGAAGAGGGCCGAGUUACCGGGGGAGUUGAAGGGGGUCAUGUCGGUGCAGCUGGUUGUGCCGUUGUUGUAUCCGUUGCAGAAUUUGAGGGUGUUGCUGAAUGAUGUUGAGGGAGGGAAGGAAGGGGAGGAGCUGGCGGAGGGGGUGGAGGAGUUGUUUAGUAGGAAGGCGGGGGAGUUGGUCAAGAAGGAGGGGAGUGAACAGGGGGAGAAGAUGGGGUUGGUGGCGAUGGUGAAUUGGUUGGCGCAGAGGAUUCAUUUGUUGGUUAGGGAGGUGGUGAGGGAGAGGGAGAAGAGGAGGAAGGAGGGGGAGGAGGGGAGGGGGAAGGUGAAGGAGGUUGAGGUUAGGGAGGCGGAGCAUGCUGCUAGUGUUGAGAGGGUUGGGCAGGUGGAUAGGGGGCAUUUGCAUGUUAUUCCCAGGCCGCCGGAGUGGGGGUUUGGGGAUGAUGGGACAGAAUCUUCUAACUACGACUCUGAGGAUGAGGAUGAUGAGGGUGGUGCUGAGCUUGGGAAGGAUGGCGAGGAAAUGGGGGGGCCGUCACUGCCUACUCGGACGAUUGAGAAGGGGACAGCGAUGUCAUUCCCUUCGAUUGAACUGCAUGGGAUUGAGCUGCUUCAGGUGUCGGUUCUGAGCCUCAAUGUCAAGUGCGAUCGUUGCAAGACGCUGAACGAAGUCACGGGGCUGAAGAAUAACCUGGAUAAGGCGAGCAGCUGCAAAAAGUGUGCCACUGCUUUUACUGUUAGGUAUCGGCAAGAGCUGGUGCACAUGAACUCCACAAGGGCGGGCUUCAUUGAUGCUACUGGGUGUACAGUUGCCGAUUUGUUACCAAGCACCUUUGUCCCAGCAUGCGGCAAAUGCUCCCACCCCUCUCUCGGCCUCGUCUCCGUCCGCGGCGAGACAACGACCAACAUCUGCCGGGAAUGCCACGCCCGCUUCGCCUUCAAGAUUCCCGACGUCAAAUUCCUCGACUACGCCCCCGGCAUGCACACUAGGCUACCGCCUACCUCUGGUCCUCGCCGCAAGACAGAAAAACUGGGUCUUCACGCUGGUGAACCUCUCCCGGAAAAGGGGUCCUGCCAGCACUACAAGAAGAGCUACAGAUGGUUCCGGUUUUCGUGCUGUUCAAAGGUGUAUCCGUGUGACAAGUGUCACGAUGCGGCUGAGGAGCACAUCAACGAGUGGGCGAACAGGAUGAUUUGCGGGUGGUGUUCACGGGAGCAGAAUUACAGUGUGGAGAGUUGUGCGUUUUGCGGAAGGAGCGUGAUUGGGAAGAGGGGCAGUGGGUAUUGGGAGGGGGGGAAGGGGACGAGGGAUAAGAGGUUGAUGAGGAGGGGGGAUAAGAGAAAGUAUAGACGGGUGGGAGGGGGGGAGACGAGGAAGGAUUGA